AUGAAUCCGAACGAUACUGCCCCUUCACCAGGCACAACAGGCCAUCCUGUAAUGUCAUCUGCAUCCUCCGAUCAUCCAAGGACACCUGCCUCAACUGCAACUCCACAAGGAACUCCCAUUGCUGCCAUCCCAACAUCUCAAUCCGUCACUGACUAUAGUUCUAGUAAUACAACCACUAUGUCAGCAACAUCAUCAACAGCUGCCACUCCGCAAACAAUGGCUCCAACUCCUACUCUCAUCCCAAUAAUCACUCCCUCUACCGCAAAUGCUCCUCCUGCUAGACCAUAUCAGCAGCCCAUAGUGAUAGCUCCUGCUCCCAUAGCUGCUCCUAUAGCUCAACCGCAACCACCGGCUCCCGCUCAGCAACCUACACAGCCUGCUCCUGGCGGUCCACCUCCACAACAACCAAAUGGUCUUAUGGAUGCAUUGACUUAUUUAGAUAUGGUCAAAUUGAGAUUCCAGGAGCAUCCUAGUGUUUACAACAGCUUCUUGGACAUUAUGAAGGACUUCAAGUCACACGUGAUUGACACUCCUGGUGUGAUUGAUCGAGUAGCUACUUUAUUCAAAGGUCACCCAGAGUUGAUUACUGGAUUCAACACCUUCUUACCACAAGGAUAUCGUAUAGAGAGUACAAAUGAUCCAUUGAAUCCAAUUCUGGUAUGGGCAAAUGGAGAUAGAUAUACACCAUUAGAGUUGAGAUACGCUCCACAACCGCAAUUACCAGGUGCUGCCCCAGCUGGCAACAGACCUAUAGCUCAACCACAACCAAUGCCGUAUUCAUACGCUUCGCCAAACUAUCCUCCACCACCACCACCUCAACAACAGCAACAACAACAGCAACAGCAGCAGGCGCAACAGCAACAAAGUACAAACAACUAUGCACCUGGCGGCUAUCAUGGCCAACCCACUAUGCCUCAUGCUACGAGUGCUGCACCUCCGGCACGACAACCUGCUCAUCGGCCAGCGCCCCCUGCUCCAGCUUCGAAUCCUGUUCCUGCAGGGCCAUUGUCGACUGGUGCUAAUGGUCAAAGUCGUGGACCUGUAGAGUUUAAUCAUGCUAUUAGCUAUGUCAACAAGAUCAAGACACGGUAUGCUCAUGAUGCUGAUACAUACAAGCAGUUCUUGGAAGUACUGCAAACAUACCAAAAGGAGCAGAAGCCAAUUCAAGAGGUUUAUGCUCAAGUCAGAGUGCUAUUUGGAGGUGCUCCAGACCUCUUGGACGAAUUUAAGCAAUUCUUGCCUGAUCAUAGUAGUCAACAGAAUCAGGGGAAUCGAGGCAUGAUGAAUCUCAGUAAUACAGCAACAGGAUUAAGCGGUAGUCAGGCAGCCAGAAAAUCGCAAUUGGGAUUAUCUGGAACGACUGGUGCUAACUCAGCGUCUGCUUCUGCUGCUGCCGCUGCAGCUGCAGCAAAAAAGCAAUCGUUGAAGCGGCCUGCUCCUCAAGCGCAACCCUCACCUUCGUACACACCGAUGCCCAUGACCAAUGCACCAUCUGUACCUCCCAAGAAGAAGUCGAAAUUGGCUGGUACUCAACGCGAGAAGCCCAGUAUGAUGGAGGAGAUGGAAUUCUUUGACAAGGUCAAGAAGCAUAUUGGUAACAAGACCAACUAUGCUGAAUUCUUGAAGAUUCUCAAUCUAUACAGUCAAGAGAUUCUCGAUGCUUCAACUCUUGUCGAAAAGAUUAAGCCUUUCUUAGAAGGUCAAUCAGACUUGAUGGAAUGGUUUAGACGCUUUGUUCGAAUCGAUGAUGCGGAAGCUAUUACUCAUUAUACUUACGCCACUGAACGUCGCCAUAUUGAACUGAGAGAUUUACCAAAGAGUGGUCAUAGUUAUCGCUUGCUUCCAGCAGACUUCGAGAGACCAAUUGCAUCCAGCAUUGACGACAUUGGCAGAGAAGUCUUGAAUGAUCAUCUGGUAUCUGUACCUCAAUAUGACAGUGAACGAGGAUUUACAGCACAUCGCAAGAAUAUUUAUGAGGAGGCCUUGUAUCGAGUAGAGGAAGAACGAUACGAAUUUGAUCUGAAUAUUGAAGCCAAUCUUCAUACGAUUGCUCUACUUGAACCCAUCAGUCGGAAGAUUCAAGCCAUGUCUGCUGAAGAACGUGGGAAAUACCAGUUGCAACCUGGUCUCGGAGGUACAUCUACUACUGUUUAUCAAAGAAUCAUCAAAAAGAUUUGGGAUUCUGAACGUGGUAAAGAGAUGAUUGAUGCUCUUCAUCACAAUCCUGCUGUUGCUGUUCCUGUCAUUCUUAAACGUUUGAAGCAGAAAGAUGAAGAAUGGAGACGUGCUCAGCGUGAAUGGCAAAAGGUUUGGAGGGAAUUGGACACUAAAAACUUUUAUAAGUCCUUGGAUCAUCGUGGAAUCACCUUCAAAACCUCCGAUAAAAAAUCCAUGACUUCUCGCCAGUUCUUUAACGAGAUCGAGAACGAGUACAAGAAAAGAACAGAUGCUCGACCAUUCCAAUUCGAAUACUACUUCCCUGAUUCCGGAGUGCAUCGAGACAUAGUCCGCCUCAUCGCUCGAUUGAUUACUCGUCAAGCAAAACUUUCAUCAUUAGCCGACGACGAAGUAUUAAGCAUGAGAACCUUUUAUAAACAUACCUUGGCUCAAUUCUUUUUGAUGGACGAUUUGGAUAUUGAAGAAGAGUAUGAGAAUGAUUCAUCAGAUAGUGAUGAUGAUACUCAUAGUAAACGACACUCUAACAACACUGGUGGUGGACCUGGUAGCAGCAAUUCUGGUGCUAGAGAUUCACCUGCACCACCAACUAGUUCCUCAUUACGUAAAGCUGUAUUGACUCGACGAGCACCUAAAUCCAGGAAGGGUGGUGAUGGAAUGGACUUGGAUUCCGACUCUGAAACCCAACGUGGUGGUAGUGCUCAAGGUGGUGCAACUGGUAGUGGUAAUGAUGAAAUGAUGGAUGUCACAGUGCCUGAUGUCUUGAAUGGAUCAUCAACUAGCACAUCACGAAGAAACAGAAAAGAUGGUGGAAUGAUGAAUGGAUUUGAUUCAAGUCAUAAGAGAAGGACUUAUCCGUUCUUUACGAAUGAGCCUUUUUAUUCGUUCUUCCGAUUAUAUCAGCUCUUGUAUUCGAGAUUAUUGAAGAUGAAGGAGUUGUCUAGAGAGUUGGAAGCCCACCCGCCACGAAGUGAACAAUUCAAUAUGGUUGCUGUUGAAUUGGGGUUGCAGGCUCGUCCUCCAGAAGUGAUUCCCGAGCACCGUGAUCGGUUUGAUGAGUUGAUGAGGAUGGUAUUGAAUAUGCUGGCUGCUAAGAUGGAUGCAUCAGAUUAUGAAGAUAAAGUCCGUCACAUGUAUCAAACUUCAGCAUAUCCCAUGUAUACUAUUGAUAAGGUUUGCCUUGCCAUGGCUAAGCAGAUUCAACACAUCACCAAUGAUUCAACGUGUAUGGAGUUGAUCAAACUGUAUGAAAAGUAUGCUCAAAUGCCAACGCUGCCUUCUCGUCAAGAAAUCAUGUAUCGGAUAUCCGCAGAGCAAUUGUGUCAGGAAGAAUUAAGCAUGUUUAAAUUCGAAUACCAUCCUACUGAAACUCGCCUCACCAUUCAACUAUUGGGCAAAGAAGACCUACUAGGAGAUGACGCUGCCUCGCCGCAUGAACGAUGGAGCAUAUACGUCGACCGGUUUGCACAAUUGCAAACAGGGGAGACUACUGGUGGUCGUCGAACAGAAGCCUUCUUACGUCGGAAUCUACCAGAACUAGCCGAUAAUGUACAACUGUCACGUGAAGUAGAUGCCCAUGCAGGUCUUGAACUCAAGAUUUGUGUGAAUUCGUACCGUAUACACUUUGUAGAGGGCACAGAAGAUUACUUUAGAAGACGUAGACCUGCAGAUCGUGUUGAACGAGAUGCAUUACGAGAACGAGAAUCUGGAGUUGAUGGGACUCGUACCAAGUUAUUCAAGCGAUGGUUGGAGAAACGACAACAGGAUAUACUGCAUGCCCGACCUUUAGAAGGCCCCAUGGGUGUUCCUACCGCAGGUAGUAAUACCGCAUUUGGCACCACAACCAACCUCAAUGCCGCUAUGGAAAUGAUCCGCGCCGCCCAGCAGUCUGCCAAACAGUCAGAAGAUCAAGCUAUGAUGGAAGCAGAUGACCUACAAGCCGAAAGUGCAUCACAAAUAGCACCACUACCAGCCCAUCAACAUAUGCAACACCGUCACCAACCCAGUAAUAAUAGCAGUAGUAGCAAUCUACAGCAGCAGCAACAGCAAGGAUCGCAGGAAGGAGCAUCACAGCACGAAGAAGACGAUGAUGAUUCUGUUGUUGUAAGUGAUGGCGAGGAUGAUAAUGAGGACAAUGAAGAUGGUGGUGAUGGUGGUGGUAUGAUGGAGAUGACUGAGAAUCGAGAUGAAGAAGAAGAGGAGCAAGAGCAAGCGUACAAUAAUAGUAAUAAUAAUAUUGAUGAAGAGGGAGAUGUAUAUGAGUCUGAUCAGGGAGGCGAUGAUCAGGAUUUGGCACAUGACGAUGAUAUGGAUGAUAUCGAUGGUGACAACAGUCGGAUGGCUGAGUAG